AUGUGUGAUUAUCCUCAAGGGCCUGAAUUUCAGAGUUCAUUGCUGCAACCCACUGAGGGUCAUGAUGAGCUUGUUCAUAAGUUAUUGGCUCAACUAAGCGAGAUAUACUACAUUUUAAUGCAUUGUCAUGCCUCAGAAUUUGGUGGUCAUUUUUCAGGGAAUAAGACUGCUGCAAGUCUUGCAGUCAGAUGUCAGAGAGUAGGUAACAUAUCUAGCAGACAUGAGAUGCCAUUAAACAUAAUGCUUGAAGUUGAAUUGUUUGAUGCUUGGGUUGCUGUGGAUUAUGUUUCCAAAUGGGUAAAAGCGGUGGCAUUGCCUAAGAAUGAUGCUAGAGUGUUUGAUGCUUUGCUUGCCAAAUAUGGGGUUAACCAUAAAGUUGCCACUGCUUAUCAUCCACAAACUAGUGGACAAGUCGAAAUUUCUAAUAGGGAAAUUAAAAGAAUAUUGGAAAAGACAGUGAUUAGGCCUAGGAAAGAUUGGUCUCAAAAGCUUGAUGAUGCAUUAUGGGCCUAUAAAACUGCAUUUAAAUCUCCUAUUGGAAUGUCCCUUUAUAGACUUGUAUUUGGUAAAGCAUGUCAUUUGCCUAUUGAACUUGAACACCAUGCAUAUUGGGCUAUCAAACAUUUAAAUUUUGAUAUGCAAGCUGCAGGUGAGAAGAGACUUUUGCAAUUAAAUGAGAUGGAUGAAUUCAGGUUAGAUGCAUAUGAGAAUGCCAAAUUGUACAAAGAGAAAACUAAGAUGUGGCAUGACAAAAAGAUAUUGAAUAGGAAAUUUGAACUUGUCCAUUUGGUGUUAUUGUUCAAUUCUAGGUUAAAGCUUUUUCCUGGUCAAUUGAAGUCUAGAUGGUCAGGUCCGUUUGAGGUUAUUAAUGUUUCUCCUUAUGGAGCAGUGGAAAUUCGAAGAUUUGGGUACUAG